AUGGUCCGGCUUUGCAAACACAACGACUCAUGUGAAAAGAAAGGAAAGAAGGCCAGAGAACAGUUUUCGCGCCUCGCCCCGACAUUUGAACGUAGUAUGAGCGAGCAUCGAUUUUCUUCUGUUUAUUUUCGAUAUUUUUCUCUUGUGCUAACAAGCGUUUGUUUUAUCUCGAAAAUAACACGUUCAAUGAAAAAAAUAUAGAAAAAUAAAAAGUUCAAAAAAAUUUACGGAGAAACUUUGAUAAAAUUUUUAGAUAUGCGCCCUAUUGACAAACCUUCAUUUUUUUGUAAUUUCUAAUAUUUAAUAUUUAAUUCAAGUUGAUAUAUAGAUGAUAAUACUCCGAUUGCGGUAACAAAAACCGGACGUGCUCGGAAAAGGGGAUGACGUUGCUAAAGUGGUCACUAGAAAUGUCCGAAUCGCGUCUGUCCACGUUAUCAAGGUCUCAGUGAGCUCCUGUGAACUCGGACAUUGGUAACGCGAAACGGACGUGCUCCGGACGUUUCUGGGCAAUUCUAGGGAUCACUUAAGAGCGCUGAAGCCACUAAAGUAGUCACUAGAAAUGCCCCGACACGUCCGAUUCGCGUCCCUUUCGCGUUACCAAGGUCCGAGAAAGAAAAUUGCGCCAAAAGGAGUUAGAGAGAGAGAGGGUGUGUGUGUUGCUAGAGAAACGAGAGCGAUUGCUCAUUCUAGUGCAUCUUCGCCCAUUAUAAUCAGCCUCGCGUCUCUAUAAAAGAAACAUUUAAUCUACUCAAUUCCCUUUCAAAUUAUUCUUGAAUUUUCUCUGAAACAGUCUUUUUUGCCCAAUUUUUCGUUGAUCGUUUCAGGACCUUUUUUGAAAACUGCUCACCUUCUUUAAUUUUUUUUUUUCAUGAUGGAAUUGACUCAUUCUAACAUUACUUAUUGGAAAUAAACUGGUUGAAAUAAUUUUACAGUUCCGAAAUGGAGAGUUAUGCAGAAAUGGCACGGCGGCAAGACGAAGAAGCUCGGCGAAAGUUGGAAGAAGUGCGGCAGAAAAUGGAAGAAGAACUGUGGGACUUGAGAAGACGAUUCGAAAAUAAAACGCAGGAGCAUGAGGCCAUGACGCAGGCCGAAAGGAUGAAAACUCUUAAGAUGAUCGAGCAGCAAAGGGAGAAACUACGCGAAUUGGACGCCUUGGAAGACGCAAACCCUUGA